AUGCAUGUCCAUUUUGAACAAAACACCUCGACCAGAAAUGAUUCGACUAUACAUUCAUUAUCAUGGAUGGGAAAAGUUCCAGAUGGAUUACCAGAUGAAGGUGGAGGAUGGAAAUUAAAUAGAUCUCAGUAUUAUAUGGAAGGAUGGCUAGCUAGUGGUAAUGCUAAAGGUGUGGUUGGAGUUACCUUUACCACAAGCCAUUGUAGAAGAUAUGAAGCACCUCCACGUUCUAACUUUAAUCUGAGAGGCCAUCGGAGUGAGGUAGUAUUAGUGUGUUGGAAUGAACCAUAUCAAAAAUUAGCUACAUGUGAUAGUCGAGGGGUUAUAUUUGUAUGGAUUAAACAUGAAGGAAGAUGGAGUAUUGAACUUAUUAAUGAUAGGAAUAAUCAGGUGACAGAUUUUGCCUGGUCUCAUGAUGGGAGAAUGGCGCUUAUUUGUUACAGAGAUGGUUUUGUACUGGUUGGUUCUGUUGCUGGUCAACGUUACUGGUCAUCUAUGUUAAGUCUAGAGAAUACUACAAUAGCCUGUGGUGUGUGGUCUCCAGAUGACCAGAAGGUUAUGUUUGGAACCACUGAUGGUCAGUUAGUAGUCAUGAGUUCAACUGGUGCCAUGAUUAUGCAGAUAUCAAUAGCUGAAGGCAUGGAAAUCACAUCAAUGGCUUGGUCAUGUGAAAAAUUUAAUAUGGAAGAAGGGGAAACAACAGGCUGUCAUCCAGAUGCUCAAACAAAGACAGAAGAUAAUGAGUUAAAUUCUGCCACACCUAAGAACCAUACAUUAGCUGUGUGUUUUAAAUAUGGUACAAUAUUUCUAUUAACUAAUUAUGAUGAUUUUGAUCCUAAAGUCAUACAUACUAUGUUAACUGGAGUGAAAAUGGAUUGGUCAAAUUGUGGUGAAUAUUUAGUAGUUGGUGGAUUUGAUAGAUUACCUAACUUACAAUGUCGUAAUGAAUUACGCUUUUAUUCUAAAGAUGGUACAUUACGUCAUGCCAUCUCUAUACCAACGCAGGGAAAGCCUUUGACAGCAUUAAAAUGGGGUCACAAUGAUAAAAGGUUAUUCAUAGCAGCAGGAUGUAAUUUAUAUGUAGCCUGGGUAAAUAAACAAAUAGCACCAUUAUACUUCCUAUGUCAGAGAGCUACCCAGACCUGUAUUCAACAAGAAAAAAAUGCUGUUAAACUGCCAUUACCAUUGAGAUUACGAUUGGGUAUUCAAGCUUUAUUUUCACCCACUGUAAAGAGUUAUAUACCUGAUCCAUUUAAAUUACGAGAGUUUGUGAGUACCACUCCGCCUGGAAAUGAGAGACUAUUUUGUACAAUGAUUAGGCAUGGUGAUGAAACGUCUGGUGGACAUUACACAUUGUACCUAGAAUAUCUGGGAGGUUUGGUGCCGCUGCUGAAAGGAAAACGAGCCAGCAAACUCAGACCAGACUUUGUGAUAUUUGAUCCAAAAAUUAAAACGACAAAAGGUAAGAGCAUUUCUUUCAAAAUUUUAUCAACAAAAAAACAUAAAUUUUCAUCUUAUUUUUUUUUGAUUUGUAUUACUAUUCUCCCAAAAAUAUCAGAAGAUUGGUAUAAUGUAUAUGUUGAUUUCAUUUCAGUUGUUGAUCAGAGAACAGAGACUGGUGGUAGGUGUGGUGAAAGUAGUAGUAAUGAUUCAGACACAGAUAUUUCAGCAGAGGGGUGUGGAUCACCAAGAAUGCAGAGACGUAGACGGAUUAAACAGUUCCGUGCAGAGAAAAGUAAUAAAUUGGUGGAAGUUACAUCAAAUAUUUGGGGUACAAAGUUUCAAUUAAUGGGCAUAGCAUCUUAUCUACCAGAAUCUCUGGGCAACGUAGUUUAUAAAACUAGUUUAUUACAUCUGCAGCCAAGACAAAUGACUAUAACUUUAACAGAAGUUGAUGGAAGUUCACAAGCUUUAUCACGAGAUCCAAACUUCACUCCUGCUGGAGCUCCUGAAGAUGAAGAAGAAUCAUGUGAGUAUUAUAUUUUGUGUUCAAAAUGA